UCUUAUUUUAUAAGAUCUGUUUCAGUUUACGAUGUUUGAAUGAAAUUAUUCUCAAAUCAUUUUAUAUUUUUUAAAAUUAGUGUUUAAUUUUCCAGCUCACGGACUACUACUCCAUUUUCCCCAACUUUCCCUUCCACACCUACCUCUACCGUCUUUUCUUCUCUACCUCUCCACUCACUCCAGACUGAGACCAGACGACCCCUCCCCAAUUGCAGCUGUUCUUCAACGAAUUCGCGAUCAGAUAACUCCUUUUCCGCCAUCUCCUUCCUCGAAUCCUGUCAAUUUCAAGUUCCGGGUAAGAAUGACUGAACUGAAUGAAGGGCCAGAAGGGGGAGAGCACGGCCGGCGGUGCGAUUUCUGCGGUUCGGAGACGGCGGUGCUGUACUGCCGGCCCGAUUCGGCCAAGCUCUGCCUCGGCUGCGACCGGGAGGUCCACUCCACGAACCCGCUCUUCACCAAACACUCCCGAUCCCUGCUCUGCGACGCAUGCGAUUCCUCCCCGGCCACCAUCUUCUGCUGCACUCACUCCUCCGUCUUCUGUCAGAACUGCGACUGGGAGUCCCACUCGCUCAGCCUCUCCCCCGCCCACGUCCGCCGCCCCUUGGAGGGCUUCAGCGGGUGCCCUUCCGUCGCCGAGUUGCUCGCCGUUUUCGGUUUCCAAGAUGUGGGAAAAAAAGACCUUUCUCCGGACGGCGAUGAUGGCAGCGGAGACGAUGGAAUUUCAGAUUAUCUAGUUUGGGACUCUCCUGCUGUCGUCAAUCUGGACGAUUUUAUAGUAGCCCCCGUUGAUGACUCUAACCCUAAUUUUCAGGCCAUGGGUGUUCCCCCUCUUCCAAAGAACAGGAAUGCUGCUUGUGGACAACACAAAGAGCAAAUACUUUCCCAGCUACGGGACAUGUCUAAACUGGCACCUAAUCUCUGUGGUGACGAAGAGGAACAUGAACCCGCCGUUGAUGGGUUUCAAAGUAUAGAAAAUGAACUGAAUGGUCUUUUUGGAGAAAGUGAAUCCGGGUUUGAACAGAACAUGGAGUCUGCAUUAGUGCCUUACUCCGAACCAGGUGACUUUCAGUGGUCUGAUGGUGUCGGUGAUCAAGGGUUUGCUCUUGCCCUACUACAUGGAAUUGAUGAGAAAAACUGUUCAAUGUCGGAGAAAGAUUCAAGUGUUGUUGGCAUUGGUUCUGGGGAAGCAAGUAGUCGUGAUGAAGGGCAAUCAAACCAUUCUAGCAACACUGAAACUUUCCAAGCAAUUCCCAGAUCUGCUCCUCGUGAGAUAAACCCCCGGGAUAGAGAGAUCGCAAUUUCCCGGUACAAGGAGAAGAAGAAAACAAGGACAUACGAGAAGAAAAUAAGGUACGAGUCAAGAAAGGCACGGGCCGAGAGUAGGAUAAGAAUUAAAGGGCGUUUUGCCAAGAGAGAUUGAUCUGUUGAAACAAUCUCUCUACUUCUGAGUAGUGAUUGAUAUGUUGAAAGGAUUUCUUUUGUCAAAAAAUGUAAUCGCGGGUAUAUCAACAAGCCAAGGAGUGCAUUGGGACUUUAAAGCAGGUGCUGUUUAUGUGUAUCAUAACCUGGUAAAAGCGUGUAACCAGAAGAAGUGAAUGCAUUUGGAGACUUGUAUUAGAUGUAAACAAAGAUUAGUUCCAAGGAUUUGUUGUAUGUAUUGUUGAAUGUAUGUUUAGUGGCAUAGUAUGGCAUCCAGUCCAUUUGAUGGCCCUACGGUGUUCUGUUCGACCUCGAAAUGGUUCCUACUCCUUCAACCCUCCCUGAAUUCCCAAGCUCGCCCUUAUCCUCGGGUUCUUCAUUAUACUACAGUUGUCACUAUUGAUUGCAUAAUGGUGAAGCCGGGCGGGGGAUUGGAGGGUUAGGGACAGAAAUUAUUUCAAGAUUGAACAGAGUGAUGUAGGGCCCUCAAAUGGACCGGUGUUAUAAUAUGACGCCGGCUUUUGGUGUCAAAAAGAACCAUUGGUCAUGUGUGCUUUGUAUUGUUGCCUAUAGGAGUAGUGGUAGAUUAUAAAUGUGUUUUUACUGUAUAAAGUAUGCCACCAUUGUAAAUUUGUAAUAAGGGAAAACUAUCCCAGAAAAAGCACCACCUUUGGGACACUUUGGCAUUAAUGGCAUGAAUUUUAUUUUUUUGUCAAAUAAAUACAUUAAGAUAGU